AUGCUGAUCUUUGGGUGUCUGAUACUGCUGUUGACGACUUUUUCCGUUGUGUGGACACGAGCUGGAGCAGAAGAACAGGCCACAAACAACGGACAACAAACGAAAGCGAAGUUGGAGCCAACUGAAGCGAAUGCUGAGACUCUGGUAUACGUUCAAGUGGCAUGGCGGCAUGGAGAUCGAACUCCGGCGUCAUCGGUGCCAUUCUAUGAUGCCAGUGCAUGGGAGGAAGGAUUGGGAGAAUUAACAAUGAAAGGAAUAGGACUCUUUCCUCCUUCAAAAUCGGAAACUUGGGAUGCUGACUUACCGUGGCAACCGGUUCCCGUUCACUCUGUACCAAAAACUAUGGACAAGGAACUUUACGAAGAUAUCGAUUGUCCAGCAGCUUCUUCUGAAUUUUCAAAAGUAUGGGACUCGACGGUGGUGCGCAAGAUGGUCAGUGAAAACGAAGACCUAAUCAAAUAUCUCGGCGAGAAAUCUCAAAUCCCAGACUUCAAUCUCGACAAAUUGUGGAUGGUAUACGAUAAUCUUUUCUGUAUGCUCCAACAUAUGGAAACUCAUAAAUGGCCUUCGUGGAUAAAUGAUUCUAUUUUCGACAGGGUUCAGAAGCUCUAUGAUGGCUACUCUAGAACAAAGUAUCAUACGGAUGUUUUGCGCCGCUUACGAGGAGGACCUUUGCUGAAGGAUAUUCUAGAUCGGUUUGUUGCGAAAGUGAAUGGAGCUCUGGGAAUUGGACCAAAGUUGUUCGCCUAUUCAGCGCACGACACUACGCUUGCUGCAAUGCUAUCAUCAUUGGGCAUAUAUCCAACAGUAUUUCCACGGUAUUCAAGUGCUGUGCUUUUGGAACUUCACAGAAAAGAUGGAAAGCUUGUAGUUCAGGUGUUUCAUAAAAAUGAAACUGAUGUCGAUGAUCUGUAUCGCUACGAAAUUCCUGGCUGUGGUGAUCCAUGUACGCUCGAUGCACUGCGAUUAGCUGUGGACAGGCAACAUUCUAUGUUUAGAUACCUUCCUACUGACUGGACAACAGAAUGUGGACUUGCUGGACUGAAUGUUGUGAAUUAUAUGGGACAGCCAUUUCCAGUUUCACCGAAGGAGAGUGCAUUGGAGGCAUCAUUGAAGAUUAAGGAAUCUCCAGUCAAGAUCUGUUAG